AACGAAAAACUGUCAAAAGUUGUUUACAAAAUAAGCCAGAAAAAUUAUUUCUCCAUAAAAAAUCUAUAAAAAUCCAAUGAAAGUAAGGAAAAAACGUGAUUUUAGCCCGGAAGUUGAGGAAAGAAAAGAACCCCCAAUGACUCCCAGGCAGAAGGAAAAACGUCACAAGAAGAAGAAAAAGCUCGACUAUGAUUCAGAUCCAGUGGACAUCCUCAAUGAUGUGGAGGAACCAUCCCCGAGGGCAGCUGAACAGCUCACCCCAAUGAGUGCGGCUGAGAAGCUGAAGAAUCAAAACAAGGGAGCCGCAUCGGCAUCACGAUCGCAAAAGCGGAAGCGCCAGAGACGCGAUAGUGGCACAAGUAGUGAUGAAGAGCGAUGGCUGGAGAAGAUCAAGGAUCCAAAGAUGAUGACAGCACGUCAGAGGGCAAUGUACGAGCGAGGGAAUGAGAAGGAAAUGAGUUCAAGUCAACCGGAAGCAUUGGUUGCCCUUCCCACGGGGUACAAGGAGAAAGUCCUAACGGCUGAGGCGCUGGAAAAGGCACAGCUAAUGUCGCAGAAGAGGAAACAAAUGGCAGAUGAGAAGCGUGAGAAGGAUAAGAAGAAAACCAUGGAGAGAUUGCUGAAGAAGCAAGACUCAAAGACGGCAAAAAGUACAAAGAGUCGUCAAGCUCGGACUGCUGUGCCCGUGGUUAUCUACCGGAAUACCCUGGAGGGAGUGACCUUGACAUACCCACCGAAUGUCUCAUACCCACUCACGCCACAGGGCCCUCGGGAAGUCCCCCAAGUCACACCCUGUGCGAUCUGUGGGAGUCCCAAGAAGUACAAUUGCUCCAAGACGAAUGUUCCCCUCUGCAGCUUCAUGUGCUACAGGCAGAAUGUAGCAUCAAUUCAGCAAAUCUUCUGCUAAAAAGAAAAAUCUCUCCAGUCUUUUAGCUGGAAGAACGCAAAGGUAUUUAUUGUGUAAAUUGAAAAGUUUUUAAAUAAAAAAAAAACUCAAUAAAA